AAGGGAAUAUGCCUCUUUCUAGCCCUCUUCUCCCCACUGCAGGGGGCACAGCGGGCCCCGAGAGACCCUGGGGGAGCUUCACACGUGCCCGUUCUGCAGGCGUGGCGGCGGCGCCCUUUGGCAAGCAGGUGACAGGUGGAUGGAGGGGGAUGCCUUGACUUGGCCAUCGGCGCUGCUCCUGCGCCCUCUAGUGGCCAACGGGGCUCGCUGCAGCCGCCCCUGCCCUGCCUCUUUCCCCGCCUAGCUGCUGCCGGGGUUUGGUUGCCACGGCGACCGCGGCCUACACAGCCGUCCGAGGCCUGAGCUGAAGUCCUUUCCAGAGGGAGGGGCACCAUGGGGAAAAAGGGAGAGCGGGGGGCCAAGGACAAGGCUGCAGCCUUGGAAGAAGAAGCCAGGAAUGCUGCCAGAAGGGCUGAACAUGGGGAAGAGGAAUACCAGUGCACAGGGAUCCUGGAGCAGGAUUUCUUGGAGCUCUGCACCCGGGCUGGAUUCCAAGAGAUCCCAAAAGUUAUACCGAGGCCACACCCCAAUUCUUUCGCUGGUGCCAGCUUAGCUUCCCUCCUGGAACCACGUCUUAGGGAAGGUCCUUACAUCAUUGCACAGAUCCAGUACAAGUAUGCCUACUUCCGCCCCACCAUCCAGGUGGAUUUGGAACAUGAGGACCCCAAAACCACUAAGGAGAUCUUCAUCCGGAACUGGAAAAUUGAAGACAAGAUGCUGGGUAUCUUUGCCAAGUGCCUGCCAGCUCUUUCCCACCUCCAAGCAAUUCGGCUCUGGAAGGUUGGCCUGACAGACGUCACCUUCCUCUCUCUCCUCUCCAUUGUGCCAACCUGCUCCACACUCAAGACACUGGCUGUGGAGGGAAACCCUAUGCGUGAGCGAUUGUACCACAAGCUGAUUUCUGAAGAGACCAACUUGGCCCACAUUUCCCUCCGGAGCAACGAGAUCGAUGACGAGGCGGCCUUACUGAUUGGGCAGGCGCUUUCUACUCUCAAGAGCUCAAACAAGAACCUUGUCUCCAUCAACCUCAGCUAUAACCACAUCACUGAUGUGGGCGCCGGCUACAUCGCUGAUGGCCUGCGGCUCAAUCGUUCGCUGCUUUCCUUGUCGCUGGCGCACAACCAGAUCAAAGAUGAAGGAGCCCUGAAGCUCGCAGAGGUUCUCGGCCCAUUUGCCCUCACACACAUGGAGGUGGUAGAGAGGAGGAGGCUUCUGCUGGAGAAGGAGGGCCAGGAAAGAAGUCGCUUGCCACAGAGACAUGCGGAAUUGAAAAGCGAACGCCCCUCGAGCCACAUGAGCAGCACAACCAUCGAUAAGCUGCAGACAGCCAAGGCCACCAAAGCCACCACUAAGAAGAAGGAGAAGGAGAAAGAGAAAGAGAAGGAGAAGGAGAAAGAGAAAGAGAAAGAACCUCCUAAGAAGGACGACAAGGGCCAGGCCAGUGCAGCAACAGCUGCAGCAGCAACACCAGGAGCUCAGUCCAAGAAGGAAGACUCCAAGCAGGCCAAGAAAGUGGUCCCUCCUGCCGAACAGAAAGCCGCCCGUGGCAAAGGAGCAAAAUCAGGCACCAAAGACAAACGGGCUCAAGUCAUAGAAGUGGAGGUGAUAGAGCCCACUGAGAUGUUGAAUCCACUGCUGGAGCCAGCAGAGCACAGGGAUGGGCAAGUCUUCCUGCCAGGCAACCGGGUCCUCAUCUACUUGAACCUCAUCCGUAACCAAAUCACAGAGAAGGGCUUGCAGGCCUUUCUGGUCGCUUUGGAACAGCAGAGUGUUAAGAUGGCUCCUGGAGGCAAAGGGCCGAUGGGCCUCCUGCGGCUGUCACUGGCGAAAAACAACUAUCCAGUGGACAGCAAGACCUAUGCCAGGAUCCAAGAGCUCAUGUGGACACGUGACCCCGUUCCCAGGUCAGGGACAGCGGCCAGGCUGGCAGAGGAUGAGAUUGGGGCGGCGUAGAGCUUUAGCUGGAGAGCACACAAAAAAUCCAGGAUGAUCCUGCUGGCCUCUUCACAGCGCUCCUUGGAUUCAAGCAUCACUCGUCAUUUGAACACAGGGAGAGGGAUGAAACUGCUUCCCACCCCAAUUCAAGAGAAGUGAAAAUAAACCUGAUGCUCACCUCCU